CUGUUGACAUGUUGACGUUUAGUAGCGGCAGCUUCAAUAUUAUCAGUAAUGAUUGGGGAGGGCAUGGAGACUUCGCUUCAUGGGGGGCUGUGGGGAACCCCUCUUGACCUGCAGGUUGAGGAGGAAGUGUCCGCGCUGUCUAUUGUGAUAAUUUACAAACAGGAGCUGGAGGAGAUCUACGCAGCGCUGUGUCAAGCGCAUGGCGAUCUGCCAUAUGAUGUUCUGCUGGAGGGAGAGGAGACCUGCGAUGGGUGGGAAGAGGAGCUUUAUGAACAGAUCUCUUUUCGACAGCGGGAUGCGAUUGACAGAGCGCGGGCGAUUGCCAUAUUCUACGACUACAUUGAGAUGCUGCAGCAGGUCAAAGACAUGUUUGCUGGCCUUCUAGCGAGAAGACACAUGAGUGGCCCGCCGCAUACCGAGACAUGGACAGCAUCGACAGCAGCAACACCAUCGACAACAUCAUCAACAACAUCAAUUUCAUCAACCACGGCAAUAACAGCACUGUCAUCGACCACAACCACAUCAACAGUGGUUAAUACGGUUAUAUUGCCAAUUAUGACAUCUAUGACGAUAACAUCACUAUCUAUAGCUGCGCCACCAUCGAGUUGUGUUCAGCAAUGGGAGCUGCUUGAGCAGGCUCAUGAUGCAUGGGGGUUGGAAGAGGGGCCGCCCUCUUGCGUGGGACUCGCGGAUCGGCUACGGUCGAAUGCGCUGAUGUGGCGCGGUUGCAAGGGCUUCGAGGAGGGGCGGGGUCCGUGCGGCGAGAUCGACGAGCGAUUUCACGAUGUCGACGAUGACGAUACCGUGGACGGCCUUUGCGAUUGUAGCUCCACUGAUGACGAUGCAGCUACGAAAGAUGACGGUCUUGCCGACAAAAACAACAACAACAAUCACAUAGCAUGCAAUAACAAAACCUGCAGCAAUAACAAACAUGGCGAUGGUAUUCAUUGGGAAGUAAAUGUGAUUCGCCUGUUUCUCUCCCCCCUCUUUUCUCUUCCUAUCCCGUUUUCUCUCCUGCACGUCGUGGGGAACGAUCGGGGUCAGGGGCGAGAGGGUUGGGUGAUUGGGAUGUGUGGUGAACAGGAAGAGGGCGCGGGGAUGCGGGGGGAGGGAUGGUGGCGGGAAGGGGUAGGAUAGGCAGCAUUUUAAUUGCAUCGAUGCUCCCCGUCUAAUGUGCACUCACGGACUGUGAGGAUCGUGGGGGGAGGCUGUUGUAGGUAAUCUGAUAUGACUUUGUUCCUUGAUCUGAGUAUCUGUUUUACUUUUGAUGUGGUGAGAGAUCUUGGCUUAUCCACUGAUUACAAGGAUCGUGGGGGGAUAUGGUGAUUCCGUAAUAAACUACUUUUGCCACG